UCUUCCCAGAACGGUGGACGUGCUCACCUCCGCUCUGGGCCAGGUCUAUGUCCCGGUUUCCCGCCGUCGCGGGCAGGGCGCCAAGGCGGCAGGAGGAAGGUGAGCGAUCAAGAGACCUCCAAGAAGAGCGGCCUUCGGCAGUUCCCAUCGCGGAUAGAGAAGAGAAAGGAUGCACAUCACAGGAGGGAGGAACUACUCCAACUUUUCCUAUUCAAAAACAAAGAAAAAAGCUUAUUCAAGCUGUGAGGGACAAUUCAUUCCUUAUUGUUACUGGAAAUACAGGAAGUGGUAAAACAACUCAACUCCCAAAAUAUCUAUAUGAAGCAGGGUUUUCACAACAUGGUAUGAUUGGUGUGACUCAGCCACGAAAAGUAGCUGCCAUAUCUGUUGCUCAGAGGGUUGCUGAAGAAAUGAAAUGCACUUUGGGAUCCAAAGUAGGAUACCAAGUUCGUUUUGACGAUUGCAGCUCUAAGGAAACAGCAAUCAAAUACAUGACAGAUGGAUGUUUACUGAAACAUAUUCUGGGAGAUCCAAAUCUUACCAAGUUCAGUGUCAUUAUAUUGGAUGAAGCCCAUGAGAGAACUCUAACUACAGACAUCUUAUUUGGUUUAUUGAAGAAGCUGUUUCAGGAGAAGUCUCCUAAUAGGAAAGAGCAUUUAAAGGUGGUAGUGAUGUCAGCAACUAUGGAAUUAGCCAAGCUCUCUGCAUUCUUUGGAAAUUGUCCAAUAUUUGAUAUACCUGGAAGGCUUUAUCCGGUCAGAGAAAAAUUCUGCAAUUUGAUUGGUCCACGAGAUAGAGAAAAUACUGCAUAUAUUCAAGCGAUUGUGAAAGUGACCAUGGAUAUCCAUUUGAAUGAAAUGGCUGGAGACAUCUUGGUUUUUCUGACUGGUCAGUUUGAAAUCGAAAAAAGUUGUGAGUUACUUUUUCAGAUGGCAGAGUCUGUUGAUUAUGAUUAUGAUGUCCAAGAUACCACUCUAGAUGGCUUGCUAAUAUUGCCGUGUUAUGGAUCUAUGACAACAGAUCAACAGAGAAGAAUAUUUUUGCCACCUCCACCUGGAAUUAGAAAAUGCGUCAUAUCCACCAAUAUUUCUGCAACAUCUUUGACAAUAGAUGGAAUCAGAUAUGUGGUAGACGGUGGCUUCGUGAAGCAGUUAAAUCACAAUCCCAGACUAGGAUUGGACAUCCUAGAGGUGGUUCCGAUUUCAAAGAGUGAGGCCUUACAGCGAAGUGGCCGAGCUGGCAGGACUUCCUCAGGAAAAUGCUUUCGCAUCUAUAGUAAAGAUUUUUGGAACCAGUGUAUGCCUGACCAUGUGAUCCCUGAGAUUAAGAGAACUAGUUUGACAUCUGUAGUUCUGACCUUAAAGUGCCUUGCCAUACACGACGUAAUAAGGUUUCCCUAUUUGGAUCCACCUAAUGAGAGACUUAUUUUGGAAGCUCUUAAACAACUCUACCAGUGUGAUGCUAUUGACAGGAGUGGCCAUGUGACCAGAUUGGGUUUGUCUAUGGUAGAAUUUCCUCUCCCUCCACAUUUGACAUGUGCAGUAAUAAAGGCUGCUUCUCUGGACUGUGAAGACCUAUUACUUCCAAUAGCAGCAAUGCUGUCUGUGGAAAAUGUCUUCAUUAGACCUGUUGAUCCAGAGUACCAGAAGGAAGCAGAACAGAGACAUCGAGAAUUGGCAGCUAAAGCUGGAGGAUUUAAUGACUUUGCGACUUUAGCUGUCAUCUUUGAACAGUGCAAAUCAAGUGGAGCUCCAGCUUCGUGGUGCCAGAAACAUUGGAUUCAUUGGAGGUGCUUAUUUUCUGCAUUUCGUGUUGAAGCUCAACUUAGAGAACUGAUCAGGAAGCUUAAACAGCAAAGUGACUUCCCAAGAGAGACCUUUGAAGGCCCUAAACAUGAAGUACUGCGAAGAUGUCUUUGUGCAGGUUAUUUCAAAAAUGUAGCUCGCAGGUCUGUUGGGAGAACGUUUUGCACAAUGGAUGGGCGUGGAAGCCCAGUUCACAUUCAUCCUUCCUCAGCACUUCAUGAACAGGAAACCAAACUUGAAUGGAUCAUUUUCCAUGAGGUAUUAGUUACCACCAAAGUCUACGCAAGAAUUGUGUGUCCAAUCCGUUAUGAAUGGGUGAGAGACUUGUUACCCAAGUUGCAUGAAUUUAAUGCACAUGAUUUGAGCAGUGUGGCCCGACGUGAAAUGAGAGAAGAUGCAAGAAGGAGGUGGACCAAUAAGGAAAAUGUAAAGCAUCUAAAGGAUGGAAUACCAAAAGAAGUCCUAAAGAAAAUGCAAAGAAGAAAUGAUGAUAAAUCCAUAUCAGACGCACGUGCUCGUUUCCUUGAGAGAAAGCAGCAGAGGUCCCAGGAUCACAGUGACACCCUGAAGGAAACAGGCUAAGCAGUGAACCCUCCAAUUCAGGAAGUAGGAAAAGCAGCCAGAAAAUGUGCUUCUGCUUUGCCAUUUAUGUCAGACAGCACUACCAAGAGGAAGUGGUCAGCAGCUGUUUUUAGCAUACGAGUUAAAAGCAAAUCAAAGCUCAUCAGUACCAAUAAAUGGAAUUUUCAAAGAAAAGAUUGAGCUGCCAUAGUCAUAGGAAAUGAUAUAUGAAACCAAUGAAAGACAAUAUAUGUGAUAUUUUCCUCACUUCAAUUUUGCUGGCCUUAACUGGUAUCAAAUGCUGUCAGUGAGAUAUUUUCAAAGAACAUUGAAUUGUAUUUAAUCAGCGUGUAUUCCAUUUGCAUUGAAGCAUUAAAAAUUAUUUUCCUUAAAUCUCUUUAAGGCCUUCUUGUUGCUAUUAGAAUAGUAUUAUAUCAGGUUAUCAGGUAUGUGACCAUUUCCUUCUGAAGGCUGAACAUAAAAGAGGUUUUUACUGAGCAAUACUUAGAUGUCUAACCGUUUAAUUGCUACAGAGCUUUAUAGAUACUUAGAGAAAAGACUUAAUCAAUUAGUAAAUAAGAAAAUUGCCUAUGGCAAGAUUCUUUGUUGAAUUAAUAUUAAUCCUUAAGUUGAUUUUUCUGGGAUUAUACAAAUUCCUUUUUAUAUAAAAGUAUAUUGUUUAAAACAGUAGCUAUAGCCAUUAACCAAAGGACAGAUGAUAUAUAUAUGUUCUUUUUUUAGCUGUCCCUACAUACUUGUAUCAGCACCAUGUAUGUAGGUGUGACAGUGUUUCAAACAGCCCUUCCACCUGGCCUACUCUCUUGCCUCCAGCUGCUUGGGUAGGACCAUUUAAACAUCUAUUACGCCGAUCUUGAAAUGGGAUUUUCAAAGCAGCCAACACUGCAUCACCAGUGUUUCAAAUUGGAACCUUGAGGCUAGUUAGUAUCACACUCAGGCCACACUCAGCACUUGUCCACUCUGUUGUUUACUGCCUUGUAUUCUAGUUAUUUGUGUAUUUGUCUGUCUCCCCCACUAGAUUAUACGCUCCUUGUGGGCAGGGACUAUGUCUUUUUCAUCUUUGUAUCUUUCAUGGCACCUAGCACAGUGCUUUGCACAUAGUAGUCAAUGUUUGUUAAAUAAAGCUAUUAGUGUCGUUCAAAUUCAAAA